AUGUCUUCAUAUUCCUUUCAGACUUCAGCAGAACAGGUGGCACAGGAUUGCCAGGAUGCUAUUGCCAACAAGACCGUUCUCGUGACUGGCGUUAGUCCAGGUGGUCUUGGUGCCGAGUUCGCAAAGGUCAUUGCCAUUCACAGCCCUUCCCUCAUCAUCCUUGCUAGCCGUGAUAUUCUCAAAGCUCAACAGACGGCCCAGGAGAUUGCGAACAUUGCUCCAGGAGUAGCCACCCGUCUCCUAGAACUAGAUCUGCGCUCUCAGGCCCAAGUCCGAAACGCUGCCAAGGAAGUCCUGACAUACAAGGAGGAUAUCGAUGUCUUGGUCAACAAUGCUGGUGUCAUGGCAUCACCAUUCUCGUUGACAGAAGAUGGAAUCGAGAGUCAAUUUGCCACUAAUCACGUUGGACAUUUUCUCUUCACCAAUUUGAUUAUGGAAAAGCUAGUGCAUCCUGGAACCCCUUGUCGGGUUGUGAAUGUGUCGAGUAAUGGCCACCAGUUGAGUUCAGUCAGAUUCCAUGAUUGGAAUUUUGACGAAGGCAAAAACUAUGACCCCUGGUUGGCCUACGGCCAAAGCAAAUCCGCCAACAUGCUCUUCUCUGUGUCUCUAGCGCAAAAGCUUGGGAGCAAAGGUCUCAUCUCGGUCAGCCUACAUCCUGGAACAAUCAACACGAAUCUUGCCAGAGGAGACUGGUCCGAGAUGUACGAAUCUCUCGGUAUGGGCCACAUCUGUAUCCUUUGCACGAGUACUCGGGUACUUCCGGAGUGGACAGAGAGAGAUAACCUGGAAGACUAUGUCGCAAGGUGUGGCGACGCAUGUAUUCGCCGCAUUUCAUCCAUCCAUCACCACAAAUCUCUGGCAGAGAACAAUGGAAGCUUUGUCCAGGACUGUACAGUACUGAAGCCGGAGGAGGUCCGCAGCUGGGCGCGGGAUCCGAUCGAAGCAGAACAACUGUGGAAGUUGACUGAGGAUAUAGUUGGUGAAACUUUCGAUUAUUGA